AUGACUUUGAUGAAAUCAAAAGUACCUUUUCACGUCUCAACAAUUCAGAAACCUCAACAUGAAUAUAAAAUGAGGCUUAACAACAUGAAGCAACAAUUUGAUCAUGUUUGGUUAGAAUGGAGUGAUCAAGAGAAGCGAUUUAUUCAUCCACUGGAAUACCUCUCAGUUUGCAAUUUUGUUGACACAAAUCUUAAUGACAUUGUGCCAAUCAAGCCUGCUUCAAUAGAAAGUACCUCUUUCAAGUUUGUCGACACGGUUAAAGAUUUGAAAGAAUUAGCUACUAAGUUACACCACGUGGAUGAAUUUGCUGUUGAUCUGGAACAUAAUCAAUACCGGUCUUACCAAGGUUUGACUUGUCUAAUGCAAAUAUCAACAAGGACAGAAGAUUUUAUUGUUGAUACUUUCAAACUUCGCAUUUAUAUUGGAGCUUAUUUGAGAGAUGUUUUUAAGGAUCCCACAAUAAAGAAGGUUAUGCAUGGUGCGAAUCGUGACGUUGAGUGGCUUCAAAGAGACUUUAGCAUUUACAUUUGUAAUUUGUUUGACACUCAUCAGGCUUCAAAGAUCUUAAAAUUGGAAAGAAAGAGUUUGGAGUAUCUUCUAAGUCAUUAUUGCGAAGUCACUGCAAACAAAGAAUAUCAAACGGCAGAUUGGAGAUUACGUCCGAUUCCUGAUGAGAUGUUAAGAUAUGCCAGAGAAGAUACACAUUAUUUGCUAUACAUAUAUGAUUUAAUGAGAAUUGAGUUAUUUGCCUUGCCUAAAGAGCCUGAAAGCAUUGAUACACCUUUAAUGGAGGUCUACAAGCAAAGUUAUGACGUUUGCAUGCAUCUAUACGAGAAAGAAGUUCUAACAGAGAAUUCUUACCUUCAUCUUUAUGGGUUGCAAGAGGCUAAUUUUAAUGCUAAACAACUUGCCAUUGUGUCGGCUCUAUUUGAAUGGCGUGACUUUAUUGCACGUCUAAAAGAUGAGAGUACGGGAUAUAUACUACCAAAUAAACUUGUUCUUAAAAUUGCUAAGCAUAUGCCAAUCACUACAAGCAAGUUAUCCAUGUUGUUGAAGUCAAACUACCCUUAUCUUGACAACAAUCUUGAUGUCAUCGUCAACUUAAUUUGUUAUGCUAUUGAAAAUGCUGCUGCAUUUGAAGAAGUUGCUAGUCUAUUGAAAGAAGGAGCUGAUAUUGCUUCCAUUAAAGAAGUAACUCAACACUUGAACAAUGAGAUAUAG